AUGCGGAACUUGCGCAACAUUCGGUUCGGCGCUUGGGAUCAGCAGCAACAGGACGUCACUAUCUCGGCGUGCUGCUGGGACCCCGCCAAAGACGAGCUUCUCUGCACGACUGGGCCGACGGAGACGAAAGCUACCAUUGAGCUGGUGAGGCUAUCGGACCACCACCAACAACAGCAAAUUAAAUCCCGUACCGUCACGAGUUGGGAUGCGCCGAGUCCCAGUCCGGAGCUGCCCACAGACAGGGUGGUAGACCUGCACCACUUCGCCGACAGCCUCGUCACCUGCGUCAUCCUUGAAGGCGGCGAUAUCGUCACCGUAAAAGAGGAUGACGCGGGCCUGGAUGGCGACGUCCAGAUCGAGAUUGUUGGCUCCAUUGACGCCGGCAUCGCCGCUGCCCGGUGGUCCCCGGAAGAGGAGCUGCUCGUCGUCGUCACCAAGGAGGGCAACGCCGUCUUCAUGAGCCGCACCUUCGACCCCAUCGCCGACGUCGCCAUGACGGCUGACGACCUCAAGCUUUCGAAGCACGUCUCCGUCGGCUGGGGCAAGAAGGAGACCCAGUUCCAGGGCAAGGGCGCCAAGGCGAUGCGCGACCCGACGAUUCCUGAAAAAGUGGACGAGGGCCUGCCGAGCAUCAAUGAGGACGGCAGCGCGGCGGUCAGUUGGAGGGGAGACGGUGCCUAUGUCGCCGUCAACUCUGUCGCUGGUGGCGCUAGGAGGGUCGUGAGGGUGUAUUCCCGUGAGGGCGUUCUCGAUAGCGUCAGCGAGCCGGUGGAUCAUCUCGAGGGUGGUCUGAGCUGGAGGCCUUCUGGAAGCCUUAUAGCGGGUGUCCAGCGGUUUGAGGAUCGGGCAGAUGUCGUCUUCUUUGAGAGAAACGGUCUGAGGCAUGGCCAGUUUACGCUCCGCUGUGGUGAUGGGCCCCUGGACGCCCAUGAGAAGAUCAAGCUGGAAUGGAACUCUGACUCGACUGUCUUGGCCGUGAUUCUGAGUGAUAGGAUACAGUUAUGGACGACUGGCAACUAUCACUGGUAUCUCAAGCAAGAGGUGCCAUUGACGUCCGAGUUUUCUGGGUUGGCGUGGCACCCGGAGAGGCCGCUGCGAUUUGUUGCUGCCACAACAUCUGUCGUCAAUGUGGCCGAGUACAUCUUCGCUGUUUCUCGCGGCUCCUUGAGCCCGCCCAAUGAUCAUGGCGCCGUUGCAGUCGUUGACGGCCAGACAGUCAAGUUGACCCCUUUCCGAACGGCGAACGUGCCGCCACCCAUGGCCCUUUUCGAGCUCGAAUUUUCGGCCAGCGUCGUCGACGUCGUGUUUGACCCCAGCAACUCCCUCAUGGCGGUGCUGCAUCGCAAGGGUCUGGAUAUAUAUGGGUGGCAAACAAAGGGAGAGCGAUCGAGCAAGCCCAAGGAGUUAGCCAAGGUUGUGUUUGAAUCUGAUGCUAAGGGCAAGGUUCCUCUGCAAGUUGCAUUCUCUGGUCCGGCCGAGUGUCAGGUCCUUGUCUCUGAGGAGGGGUUGAAAUUGGAGACGUACACCGUUGAGGAAUCCGCGCUUAGCUCUUUGGGAGUGACUCAGCUCAAGCCUACGGAGACGUUUUCGUCGAUUUUCAGCUACGAGGGCGAUUCAAGGGUUGAGGCCUGCGCUCAAGACCGCUCGGGAAGGCUCUACAGGCUGGCGAAUAAGCAAGCCCCUGAGCUUUUGGAUACUCAACUGUCGAUGCAGCUCCCAUGGUGUACGGUGCAGAAGAUCAAGGGACACAGAGUUGGCAUCGGCAUGAGCAGAAACGGUCAUCUCUAUGCGAACUCGAGGCAACUGGCGAAGAACUGUACGUCGUUCGUGGUCACCCCAGCGCAUGUUAUCUUCACGACGAACAACCACUUCCUCAAGUUUGUUCACUUGGUGGAUCCUGAGGAGAUGGAAGUUCCCGGAGAUGAUCCAGAGAUUGAUGAGCGAUGCCGCAGCAUUGAGCGCGGUGCUCGCCUCGUCACAGCUAUGCCCACUAACAUGAGUUUGGUCCUCCAGAUGCCGAGAGGCAACCUUGAGACUAUCUAUCCUAGAGCCAUGGUAGUUGCGGGUAUCAGACAGCUUGUCGACGAGAAGAACUACGGCAGGGCAUUUGCCUUCUGCCGUACGCAGAGGGUUGACAUGAACAUCCUUUACGACCAUCAGCCGAGCCAGUUCCUAUCUAACGUUGGUCUCUUCCUCGAUCAGCUCAAAGAUAUUUCGUACAUCGACCUCUUUCUGUCAUCUCUCCGGGAGGAGGAUGUCUCUCAGACAAUGUACAAGGACACCAAACGCGCAACCAGAUUUCUCGAAGCAUCGGCAGAACCCCCCGCAGCACCCACAGACCUGUCCAACAAGUCCAAGGUCAACAGAAUCUGCGACGCCAUUCUCAAAAGCUUGCAAAGCAAGAAGGGCACAAACCUGCAGAAUGUCAUCACAGCGCACGUCUGCAAGGUCCCGCCAGCCCUUGACGAUGGACUCACCCUUGUCGCGGAGCUGAUGCAGGAAGACGAGAAAAUGGCAGAGAAGGCUGUCGAGCACAUCUGUCUCCUCGUUGAUGUCAACCGUCUCUAUGACAAUGCCCUCGGCUUGUACAACCUCGAUCUCGCCCUGCUUGUCGCCCAGCAAUCGCAGCGUGACCCAAGAGAAUACCUUCCCUUUAUCCAGAACCUCCACAAACUGCCCGAUCUGCGUCGAAAAUUCGAGAUCGACGACCACCUCGAUCGCCGGGUCAAGGCUCUCUCGCACCUCAAGGCCCUCGACGCCUUUGAGGAACUAUCAAAGUAUACCGUCAAGCACGCCAUUUACCAGGAAGCCCUCGGCUUGUACAGAUACGACCAGGCACGCCAUCAGGCCCUCACGGGUCUGUACGCGAGCUACCUUGAAUCCAAAUCGAAAUACCGCGACGCCGGCCUCGCCUACGAGACCCUCCAGAACUUCAGCAAGGCUACAAGCUGUUACCGCCAAGCGGGUGUGACGUGCUGGCGUGAGUGCCUCUUUGCCGCACAGCAGCAGAUGCCUCCACCUUCCGAAGAAACCAUCACGGAGCUGGCCUCCUCUCUCGCCGACGCCCUUUGGGAAGGCAAGGAGUACGCCGCCGCGGCCACGAUCCAUGUCGACUACCUCGCCUCCCUCGAGACCGCCGUCAAGUGCUUCUGUAAAGGCUACCACUUCGCCGAGGCCCUCCGCCUCAUCGCCCGCGAGCGUCGUCCGGACCUCCUCCCUACGGCCUUUGACAGCGGCCUCGUCGAGGCCCUGAGCAGCAGCACCGAGUUCCUGGCCGAUUGCAAGUCCCAGCUCCUCGCCCAGGUGCCACGCGUCGCGGAGCUCCGUAGGAAGGCCGCCGAGGACCCGCUCGCGUUCUACGAGGGUGAGCGCCCCGGCGGCGUCGGCGGCGACAUCCCUGACGACAUCUCGGUGGCGGCGUCGUCACGCAUCAGCACCAGCGCCAGCCUUUUCACGCGGUACACGGGCAAGGACGGCAGUGUCGGGACCGUCGGCACGGGCGUGUCGCGGGCGACCUCCAAGAACCGCAAGCGUGAGGAGAAGAAGCGCGCCCGCGGCCGCAAGGGCACCGUCUACGAGGAGGAGUACCUCGUCAACAGCAUCCGCCGGCUCGUGGAGCGCGUCGAGGGUGGAGCCAAGGAUGAGGUCGGCCGGCUUGUCUUCGCGCUCGUGCGGCGCGGCAUGACGGAGCGCGCGAGGGCUGUCGAGGCGCUUAUGGCCGAGGUCGUCGAGGGGUGCCGGGCGGCGGUGCGCGAGGUAUUCGCCUCCGCCGCCGCCGAGGAGGCACAGGAGGAACAGGACCUCGUCGGGCCCGACGGGGAGACGUACCUUGUUUCCGGCGGCGACGCCGUCUUCUACGAGCAUCUGCAGGCGAGGACCAAGAAGUUGGAGCCACCUGCCUUGACCACGUUCCAAAAGUUGACGUUGUUGGGGUCAACAUAG